AUGGCGUGUCCAAUGUUUCGGGACACAUUGACAAUACUAGUGUUUGUGAGCGCGAUUGUACACGGCAUUUGCGACGGCGAGGUGUACGACGCGGAGCCGUCGCUGAGCGGCGAAAGAACCGCCAACGAGACCGGUUCUGGGGUGCUCGAUGAGCUCAGCAUUGCGCUGGACACGUCCGAAGGUCAGACUCAGAGUUUAGGAGAACGUGGAGCGAACGGUGACCUUGACGGCGUGAAGGUCGCGACCUUUGGUACGGGCGAAGCGACCGCUAUUCCGCAGGAGGCACCAGACGCCCUUGGCUCGAAGGACCAGGAGCGCGCAACGAGCUCCGACUACGAGUACAGUCGACCCGAAGAGGGUUCCGAGGACGGGGCCGUCAGCGCGCCGACGGAGGCGACUGUACCCGAGGGCGGUGACGUCACCGACGGCGCGCCAUUGUCCACCGUGGACAAUAAUGUUUACAGAGCGGACGCCGACGGGGACAGAUCUAGGCUCGCCGAGAGCGACGCCGACGGUGCGCCGACGGAGAACCCAGCGGCACCGCUGACCACCAGAGCAGAGGAACCCGAGGAGUUGCUUCCGGAGGUGGAGGAGGAACAGCCCGGAGCUGGACAGCGGUCGCCGAAGACCGAUAGCGCCGACGGGAAGCAGUCGGCGACGGACAAGAGGAACAACGACGCGAGAGCGCGCUCCGCACCCAUCGCCAGCAAGAGCUCCACGUUGAGGUCAUGGCUGGAGGACCCGUGGCUCCGACCGCCCGCUGGUCUCCUGGUACCCCUGAGGCCGAUGGCCUUGAGGCGGGCCCUCGAUGUGUGGAACGACAUGAUGGCGGCGGGCGCUUUGGAGAUGAAGGACAUCGUCAUCGUCGGGUUCGACGCGAACGGUGUAAGCUGGAGGUCCCGCCACAGUCUUCAGCCGAGCGGCAACGGGGGAGAUAGAACAGUUGCAGAUGCGAUAUCCAAGCUAAUACUAAAGUACCAGGGCGUGCGGACGGACUCUGCUAGCGACGGAACGAUGCGAGCCCUGGGAUCGGCCGCGAAGCUGGUGCCCUACGACAGCGCGCUGUUCAUCAUCACAGACAAGAGGGCUGGUGACCCGCAGAAGCUGCCACUGGCGUUACGUGCGUUGGUCGAGAAGAGGCUGAAGGUGUACACGAUAUGGACGGACCCGCGUCACCCGUCUGAGGAGUCGGAGCUCGCGCUUCAGGAACUGAGGAACGUGUCCACGCAUACGGAAGGGGACGUGCUGCCCUACUCGUUACAAUUGACGGAUCUGGAGAACGGCCUGCCAUCAGAGGCGGAGCUACAGCAGUGGGAGCCGCUUGCAGAGCCUCUACUGCCCCCAGUGAUUGGAGCACGGAGGGCCCGGCUGCGGCAGAUCGAGGAAGACAGCCUCGAUACACUGCUAGUCUGGAGGGGAGGGGGAGAGGCCAUAUCCCUAGGCAUCCCGGUGGAAGCGGGCGUGACAGCACUAAGAGUGCUCAUCGAAGGCGCCGUCGACCACGCCGCUCUAUUCCCACCGAACGAGGCACCGCAGGUGGAUUUAUACAACUUGACGUCGGUGCAAGAGUUUUCACCAUCGUCCAGGACCGACAGAAUGACGCCGCGGGACGUGUAUUUGCCAUUCCCCGGAGCGCCAGAAGUCGAUAUGCUGUCAGUCGUGCCGGUGUCGCCGCCGAGCGCGGACGUAUCCAAUGGCCUGGUGGGCGUAUGGCACUUGAGUGUGCGUUGCAACAGUUGCGACUACCGUCUGACUGUCUCCGCGAGGGCCCAGGUGCACUUCCAGGCGGAGGCGGAAGCGGACCUAUUGAGCCUUCGAGUCGUCGGACCAGUCGCUAGUAUACGCGAGUCGGUGCUGGUCGACGAGUACGGAUCCGAGCUGGCCAAGCUACCCUUCAGCUAUCCGCCGAUGACGGGGGAUGGGCCGAACGAUGCUGGACAGAUGGUCGACAUAGAAGAGGACAUACCGCUACCAAUCGUGCACGGCUCCAAAGUAUACGUGAAGAUCUUGGGGAGGAACGUACAAGGGAAUCCAUUCAUGAGGUUCUCCGGGCCGAUAAACCAGGAGGUCGAGGUCAGAAACGGGAGGUCGGCGAUCGCCUUCCCGAACGACUUGGAGAGGGUGGAGGAGGAGAACUCGGCCAUAUACAGCAAUCGGCUGCAGUUCAAUGACAGCAACGUACUACCCUUCGGUCAGGCACUGUCGCAGGUGGUCAAUCAACGCGGCGUAAUACUGACCGCUGUCCAGAUCGGGCUGAGUACAAGGCUGUACGGAGCGCCGGGGGACAGUCGUCAGCUGCACUUUGAGGUGACCAACUAUCGGGAGCAGGCAGUUCGCUUUAAUUUCGGCGCCGUCGGAGAGCUGAGGUUCCUGCGCAGUAUCGAACCAGCAUCACAAACGGUAGCUGCCGGCCAGACGGUCAACGUGAUCGUCAACCUGCUCAUCACCGCCACGGCACAGCCCGGGGCCAGGGACCUCAUCACGUUCACGGCCUACGGUUUGGACCAGGUCUCGAUAUCGGCCUACGUCUACGUGGUGAACGCGGGCGAUGCCACCACCGACACUUGGCCGCCUGAGGUCCGUCACAACUUCCAGGGUUCCUGCAUCGGCAGAUCUGGCAGUGACUGCUCGGAGCACGUAUGGUCCGCCACUAUAAUCGCCAGGGACGCCAUCGGAGGGCUUCUACGUAUGACCUCAUCGCCGAUCGGCCUGACGUACGAGAGCAACUUCAUAUCCGGUACCAGGGAGGAGGUGGUCGCCACCUACCGGGCCACGUGCUGCGCCCCAAGGGUCAUCAUCAACGCCGUUGAUGCUUUUGGGAAUACUAAUAGCUACGUGGUGGACAUUACCGGCUAUAUAUCCGGUGCGGGCAUAGCAGCGAUAGCCCUCGGAGUUCUGCUGUUUAUUGCCCUACUUGGAUUAAUAAUAUUCCUCAUAUACUGGUGCGUAAGACGAAGUAAGUCGUCAAGAGAGCUACCAACAUACACAACGUCAAGAAACAUCAGC